AUGUAUCCUGUUUUCUGCACCACGAACAUCCCUCCAAAGGUGCUCGAUUGGUUCAUUGACGAGGCAUACAGAGGGAUACUGCUAUCGGAAGAGGACAGCGAUCCUCCAGGCGCCCCAUGCAUCCUACAAACAACUGACCUGAGUUCAAUCACUCACGGUUCUCGCAAGCCUAUGUCUGAUUUCGAGUCUCCGUUCUUGAACUAUACAGACAAUGAGAUUCGGGACUGGAUGGAACAUCAUCCGUGCCCGGGAUUCGCAGAAGCUACGUUUACCAUCGUUGACCAGCUAACCAUCGAUGAGGGUACAUGUCGCGUUGGAUACUGCAACAGUUUCCCCGAUCCACAGCCUGACACUCGAAUGUUCACUACGAUCCCUUACAAUGAUUUAUCGGUCAGGGUUACGAUUGAGUUGGGAGAAAUAUCUUGGUGUGAGAUAGUUGAGGAGACGGAAGGAACAUUUACGCGCAAUGAUCCUGCCGCGGCUAAGAGAGCGCCUGAGACGGCAGAGAACAUCCGUGAGUACGUUAGACAGCAUGGGCCAGCAGGAAUGACGACAACUGCAGGACAGUUAAACCCUCGAAAAAUAACAAAAUUGAGGCGGAACGAGGCGUUUGCUUCCCAUCCGCCUGUACGGGGUAUGGCAAGAGAUGAGGAACCGCCCGCAGGCUUCAGAAAGAAGGGAGAUCCUUUUGUCCUCAGAAUCACGUCUGUUGAAGAAAGCAAUUGGGAAUCGUUGGAAGAUAUACCACGGAUGGGUAGUCCGGCGAUGGCUGCAAAACUGAGGCACAGAAACAAGAAGAAGAAGGAAGGCGUUUAA